UCCAAAAAAAAAAAAACUUUUUUAAGCUUCUCAACCUUUCUUCAUUCAUCUACCUCAAUAUUUCUUUAGAUCCUUGUGUUCUUGAGCACUUUUGCCACACACCCAUUUCUGGUAAAGCCCAUUUUCAAAUCCAUCUUUUCUUUGCACCAACAUGUCUUCUUCUUCCAAUGGAUUCUCUUUUCUUACUUUUCAUGGCAAGAAAUAUGAUCCAACAUUUGAUUAGAAUGAUGAGGAGGGGCUCCUUCAAGACCUCAAGACCCAUGCUCCAUAUUCUUACGUGGACAUCAAGGUCUGGUUGUAUGAAUACUUUGGAGUUAGACCUCAAGUUCGGGAGGAGGUUAAUGGCAUCAAGAUUUCUCCGUUGGUUGCCCAAACAUCGUUUGUCAAUACCCUCUAGGUGUUCUUUGGAAAUUUGGUGCUUGCUGAUUGACAACUUGACUGCUAAUGAUAUGACUUUGAAUCCUUGGGUUGGAUGUGAGAAGUAUGCAGAGUGUGAGUGGGCUCUAGAGCUGAAUAACCGUUAA